AUGUUCUCCAAGUUCAACUCGGGCACUUAUAACAAUCAGUGGAACAUCUUGGACUACAAGGUGUUCAAAAAACGCCGCUUUGAUCAUCCAUCGCACGGACUCCUUCAUGUGCUCGAACAAUUACCGAACCACACAGCACACGCUGAUCUGACUCACGUGUUGCUGCGGAACAACUAUUGGCCGAGUUACAAUACUCCCUAUUUCCCGAAAAUCUUCAAGUGGUCCGAGAGCGAUAGAAUGGUGAAGAAAUUUGGUGAUUGGUACAGCUACGACAAAACUCCUCGAGCGUUGAUUUUCCGUAGGGAUCAGGGUUCCGUCGUUGAUAUGGACAGUAUGAUUCAAUUGAUGAGGUAG